AUGAGACAGUUUAGUGUGCUCAGACAGGCACAGGAGGUGCUCAUUCGCUCUGGAAAAGGCAAUCCCACAGGGCUGACGGGGAUCCUUCAACACCCCAACCCGCGGCCCGUCCUGAUCAAGCUCUACAACUCGACGUUGACGAAGCUGAAGGAGAAGUUUCCUGAGGAAAGCGUCUACCGCAAGAGCGUUGAGACGCUGACCAAGAGCAGGCUGGCCAUCGUGGAGGCGAACGACGUCGUGGAGCAGAUCGAGCAGAAGAUCGGGUGCGGUCUGGUGGAGGAGCUGAUCAUCCAGGCAAACGAGGAGUACGAGCUGCUACACAAGAUGGCCGAGUGGCGGGUCUGGGACGAGCUGGAGGAGAAGCCGCUUCCUGACCACAUGUUCAAAAUCAGCGACAUUUUCAAGCCCAAGGUGGAGGUCCAAGCGGACGAGCUCGAGGAGCUUAGGCCUGUCAACGGCAAGUACGACCACCUGCUCCCGAUCGUGUGGAUUGACUGCGAAAUGACCGGCUUGGACCUCUUGAACGACCAUAUUAUCGAGAUCUGCGCUUUGGUCACCGACAAGCAUCUCCGGCUCAUCGACGAGGUGGGGUUUGAGGCCGUGAUCCACUACCCAGAGGAACGCAUGAACCAGAUGGACGAGUGGUGCAGGACGCACCACGGCGACUCUGGGCUGACGAAGAAGGUGAUCGAGUCGUCGAAUACGCUCCAAGACGUGGAAAACCAGCUGCUGGCGUAUCUGAGCAAGUACGUGUCGAAGGGUGUGGGGAUACUGGCUGGAAACAGCGUGCACGUCGACAGACAGUUUCUGUGCAAGGAGAUGCCGAAGAUUACAGACUACCUGACGUACCGCAUCAUCGACGUGUCGUCGGUCAUGGAGAUUUCCAGGAGACACAACCCGCGGGUGAACGAGUACAGCCCAGAAAAGGUGGGCGCGCACACUGCGCGGAGCGACAUCCUCGAAAGCAUCAACCAGCUCAAAUACUACAGAGACGUGUACUUCAAGGGCCCCGGCGAGGUGGAUUUCGGCAGCCGAAAGCGGCGGCAUGCAUAG